AAAUUUUGCGGGUUACCAUAAGAAUCGAUGCCAAGAGCUGAUCGAGAAAACGAUCACUGUCAGUCCAGUGAUUAACGUACUUCCUGAUGGCUGUGAUCUUUUGAUCGUUUACGGAAGCUACUUUUGCAUUUUUCCUUUCCUGUUUUUUCUCUUUUCUUUGCCGAAAUUUCCGGCUUGAAUUAUCGUUGUUUUUUUCGCCAGACCUCGUUGGCUGGGAAGUUACCGAAUCCGUCGCCCUAAUUAUCACCAAGUAUUGUUAAACAGUAGAACGGUGAAAGUGGAAAAAAUGAAUGGCUCCAGGGAUAAUAAGUGUGUAUCACCCGUCAUCGCAACCGCCAGCGACAACCCUUCCCCAGUAAUCAACGGAAAAAGCGGAUGGGAAGACGUUAAGAGUUACUUGGAAGAAAGAAUGAAAAAUUACGUUAAAGCGUUGAUGGAAGAGGAAAUGUCCCCACUGCAGCGUACGCUGGCGCAGUUGAAUACUCGCAUCUGCUACUUGGAAGGAAUUCAACCAAUGCAGAAUGGAGACGCCAUUCCUACAAUCCAGGAAAAUCACAGAGAAUCCGAUGAAAUGCCUGGCUACGAUGCGUGCUACUCUCCGAAUGUGUCUGUCCCAUCUGGCGCUGUCACACCAUUCACGUCACCAGGUCGUUCAGGGUUUGGCAAUAUGGCGGAACAGCCUCGUUCCUCGGCUUACGAUUUUCUGCAGUCACGUCCAAAUGUCGACUUCUUUCGGUCUUGCUCGGAUAAUGAUUCACUGGACGGACACAGUAACGGGACGAAUGGCAAUGGCUUCAUGUGCCUGCCCAACUCUUUGGCAAAGCGUGCACAGGGAUUGAACGUUGUCCCGGAAAGUCGCGGUGGAUCCACGUCCAGCAUCGCGGUGGUUGGUGGUUCUAGCCUACGUCGCAGCAAUUCGAAGAACAGCCGACGCAAUCGUCGCAUGUCACUGCCAGAUGCUUUUUCUGUCAAUCGAUCAGGCUGGCCGGUUGCCGCAUAUUCUGGUCGUCCAAGCGCUGGAAGUUUCAUCGGGAAUGGAAGUGAAGAUUUUGGCGAAACUGGAGCUGACGAAGCGUUCGCCGCCAGUGAAACUGUUACGCGCAGUUCCAGCAACAUGCAAGAAUUGGAAAUUCGUUGUCGUUUUGGAGAAUUAGGUCAAGGAAGAGGCCAGUUGAAUGCUCCUCAUGGAUUCUGUUUGAGCGAAAAUCAGCAGGAGAUUAUUAUUGCAGACACAAAUAACCAUCGCAUUCACUCGUUUGAUCAACAAGGCAAUCUGCGUUGGACGUACGGAACGCCUGGUCGGCGAGAUGGUCAGCUGUGGUAUCCGCGAAAAGUGGCGUGGUUGGGUGAAACUCGAUACCAGCCAGCGCGUUUGGUGGUUUGUGACCGUGGGCAGGAGCGUUCGCGUAUUCAGAUUUUCACUGUCCGCCGUGAUUAUUGUGCAUUCAGCCGAGAAAAUGUGGGGAAUCGCGAUCCUUUGGCGUAUCAGCAGACGAUUCAGGUGGAUUACGUUGCUAUCGUUGCGGGGAUGACAGUCUACCGUAACAGAAUUCUGAUUGUGGACAGCGUCCACCCGGCUUGUUUAGCCUUUGAGCCCAAUGGCUAUGUGACAUUUUGGUUUGACUGCUCUACACACAUGAAGGAGCCAUCGGAUAUUGUGGUGGCCAACGACCAUUUCUAUAUUUGUGACUUCAAAGGUCACUGCGUGUGCGUAUAUAACGGCAAGGGCGAUUUUGUGACACGCAUUGGGGAUCACAAUAUCAUUAAUUUUCCUAACGGCAUUUCUGUUGGACUAAAUGGAAAUGUUUAUGUGGGCGACAGUCAUGGCAAUCGUUUCCAUGUGGCCGUGUACAGCAACGACGGAGAAUUUUUGUCGGAGUACGAGUGUCCGCAUAUGAAGGUGAGCCGCUGCUGCGGACUGGUGAUGACACUGGAAGGAUGCAUCAUUACAAUUGCGAAGAACAACAACUUCAUUUUGAUUCUGGAUCGCAUUGAGCGCCAGGGAAUGAUUCGCGAACGCGCUAUGGAGUUGGUGGCGGAAAAUUUGCAGGAGCUGGUCCCCUUCUGAGCGGAUUAGCUCUAGCGUUGCGCAUUUUACGCUGUGUAGUGUUGAUUCCUAUUGGAUAGUAUUUAACUAUUGCGCAUGGCUGCCUUUCAUUGUCUUGUUUUAAUAUCUUUUAACGUUUAACCUGUCCACUUUGUGGCAUACUAAUCUUAAUAUUGCAUUGUAUUUACUGUUUUCGCUAUUCGUGACCGUAUCAUUUGUAGUAUCUAUAUGCACAUAUUUGUGUAUCUGUACUCUGUAGUAUCUUGUUGCAUUUCACUUUUUUGCGGUUGAUAGUUGAGCUUUUGUUAAUUUUGUUACGGAUAGACUUUUCUGAAUUUCAUGCUCCUUGUUGGCGGCAUUUUUGGUAACCCAUGGUUUUAGUAUUUUUAUAUAGUAUUUUCGGAAUGUUUAUGGUUAGUAUCUAUACUGUUGUUAUGCGAAGAUAAGUACGCAGUUGCCCUACGAUGCAUUUGAA